AUUUAUUCUCUUAAAAUAAUGUUUUUUGUUUUUAAUUUCUCCAAUACUCAAAAAUUCCUCUCAUUUUAAAAGUUGGGCAUUGUUUUUUCUUGUCUAUUAAUUUCAUAUUCGCAAGUGGCAACACCCAAUGUGCACUGACGAUUUGCAACGCAAAUUCGUUUUUCGUUGGUUUUCUUCGUCGAUGAUCGAAGAGGUGGAAAGAAGUUUUAUUCAUCGUGCGUAGAGACUCACAAAGAAAAGUUUUAUACAAUUUCUCUAUUGAAUAUUGUAAUAAAGACAUAAUAAGUGAAUAAAUUGUUCUCUGAGGCUAAAAUAUAAGCGGGCGUGCGAAACCAUAGAAACGAAAUAAAGUUUUCUUAUAACUACAGUGUGGGAAAAAGUGAUGUGAAGGAGACCAGCAGUACAGAAAACGACGAAGAAAAUUCCAAUUGGACUUGAAACUACAUAGAAAAGCAAAAGACAAGUCGUCGUCAUAUGCGAAAAGCACAAAUCAAAAAAGUGAACAAGUCAAAAGCAAAACGAAAAACUAAAAGUUUAAGUGGAAGCAGUGAGAGUGGGAGAGUCCAAAAGAAAAUUUUGACAGUUGGUAACGAUUAUAGAAAAAAGUGGAUAAACUCAUCCAGAUACAAAGGCCCGGCUCUGAUGUAGAAACUUACAUCGUAAUAAAAAGGAAACGUUAGUGCGGAAAUAAUACAUAUUGGUCAACAAAAUUCAAGAAACGAACGAUCAAAAGUAAAAGCUUAACAAACUAAUCGCCUCAUCACAUCUUGCUGCUUCUAUCGCUGAUCUUUGUGGUUAUUUAUCUCGCAACACUUUUUAAGGCUUUAACGUCUUUUACAUGCUGUAGUAUUAUUACCCGUGCCCUAACACCGCCCCGGAAACAGCGGAAUACUCAUAUCGAUUACAAACAACCUAGCUCCAAUCGUCAACAGCAUUGCCGCUGCCAACGUUAAAAUAUCGUUAGUAGACUAGUUAAAAUUCGUGACUUGUUCUUGUGUUAAAAUUUUCGCAGUUUGAAGCAGCUGACGAAAAAUUGAAAGAAUUGUCGUACAUUUGUGUGUUACUAAACAUAAUAAGCCUUAACCUGUAUUAGUCGACUUAACAUUCACUUCUUCACAAAAGCUCAAAAGGAAAAAAGCGAAUAAAGUCGCCCAUUAAGCAGCUGUUGCUGUGAGGAUUAGUUGACCAUUCUUGAUAUGGCGCUCGACAUGGGUUUGCCUGUAAAUGGCACUAAUGCGCUGACAUCAUCCUUCACAGCGAAGAAAAAGGAUGCAUCUAAUGCAGCAGAAGAGAAUUUAUGGUCUGCAAUUUUGAGUGAAGUACAAAAACAAGGCAGCACAAAACUUCCGUCAAAUAAAUCAGUACUAGUAUUAGGCGAUAAUGCCACCGGCAAAACCACUCUCAUUGCGAAAUUGCAAGGUGUCGAAGAUCCGAAAAAAGGUUCUGGUCUCGAGUAUGCAUACAUCGAUGUUAAAGAUGAGUACAGAGAUGACACAACACGAUUAGGCGUUUGGAUUCUGGAUGGCGAUCCAGGACACACAAACCUCCUGCGUUACGCUUUGAAUGAAACGAACUUCGAACAUACCCUCGUCAUACUCACAGUAUCAAUGACAGAGCCAUGGGCAUGGCUGGAACAAUUGAAUCAUUGGAUUAAAGUGCUCUCAGAUCACAUUGAGAGCUUGAAGUUGGAACCACAAGAGAAACAAGAAGCACGACAACGGCUAAUUACUACGUGGCAAAGUUAUUGCGAGGUGGGCGAUGACUUGGAUCCGGGCUCGCCAGUGAAACGUACGAUGAGAAAUAAUUCGAUAGAUGACGACGAUCUACUGCCACUUACCGAGGGGGCGUUAACAACAAAUCUUGGUUUGGAUAUUGUUGUAGUGGUCACAAAGACGGACUACAUGACAACGCUGGAGAAAGAGUAUGAUUAUCGAGAUGAACAUUUUGAUUUCAUACAGCAGUGGAUACGUCGCUUUUGCUUACAGCAUGGCACAUCACUUUUUUACACAAGCGUUAAAGAAGACAAAAACUGUGAUCUCCUCUAUAAAUAUUUGACACAUCGAAUUUAUGGCUUACCAUUCCGAACACCUGCGCUAUUCGUUGAGAAAGAUGCCGUUUUAAUUCCUGCAGGUUGGGAUAGCUUGAAGAAAAUAAGUAUUUUGUAUGAGAAUAUGCAAUCAUGUAAGGCAGAGGAUUACUAUACAGACAUUAUCUCACCACCGCAGUCCAGAAAAACUGUUGCCAAUCGUGAAAUCGAGGUGCAAACAGAAGACGAACAGACAUUCUUAUUGCGGCAGCAGGAGAUCCUCAAGCAGGGCGGUCAAAUGCGCGGCGAUUCACCGUUGCGCAGUCAAGGCGGCAAUAAGGGCAUGCAACCACGCACACCCGGUUCCGGCGGGCAGGGUUCACCAAUAAAGGUCAACGCGAAACCAACACCAGCUACACCGGGCAAUGAAGGUGUGCUCGCCAACUUCUUCAAUUCGUUGUUGCAUAAAAAAUCCGGUUCACCUGCCACACCAGCCACCCCGCCCAAUGCGCCCAACGCUAGCAGUACACCACGUACCAAUGGCACUGAUGGCGCCAUUGACAAGUUGGCAAUGCGCUCGGAUGCAGCAGCCGAACUAGAUCGUCUGACGAGAAGUGCGAAAAAAGAAAUGGAUUAUUCACAAAGCGAGUGUUAAGCAAGGCGAUAAAGAUUGUAUGAUUUUGAAACGACUAGCAAGACACAAGUAUAAGAACAACAACACCACAGUGCGCUUCUGAACAAUCGGAGGGGGGAAUGAGCAACAAAAACAAGAUACAGUUUUUUUUUAUAAGUGAAAUGAAAUGAGUGAAACUUAUAUGAAUGUAAGCAAAAAUGACGUGUGUAAUGAAACGUAAUCCCAAAGGGUGUGUAUAACUAACCCACAACCCCUUUAAACAUAAACGAGCGAAAUUAACGGAUUCAUUGAAAAGUAUAAUUCUCUUAAGUAAUGAGAAACUCUCAAGUAGAAGAUUAAAAUAUUUGCAAAUUUUAAAGCAAACUUAAAAUACAUAAAGCUAGCAAGAAAGGAAGUCAAAGCAUAUUAGACUUAUGUAACGCAACAACUUAAAAAAAGAAAAAGAAAGCAUAUUUUUAUGAUCGUCUUGCUAACUCUGGCUAAGUUUAAACAUGUGUGACGCUUGUAUUGAUUAUUUCGUUGUUUCCUAACAUGCUUCUGAUUUAUAGUAAUUAUUUUACUUUUUUUAAUAUAUGUUUAUUAUUAUUAUUAUUUUUUUUUAAUAAUGCAAUAAAUGCAAUUUGCAAUUGAUUUCAUAAGCGCUGAAAUUGCAACGCAUCAAAUGAAUAAUAUUAAUUACGGAAGCAAUGUGUAUAACAAGCGCAGAUAAUUAUAGCAAAGCUUCUUUUUGGGGUCGGCGCUGGUUCAACAUUUGUCUGGCGUCUCAAAAGCGACGUUUAGGCAGGAGCACAUUUUUACGCUGCUCAAGCGAACAAUCAAUCCCUUCUGGCAGCGAUUUAGAAUAGUCGGCGUCUGCAUGUGUUUUAUCAAAGCAAUUUUAAGACGUUCUCAUGCGUUUGUGUUCCAAGUAUAAACGAUUUUGCAUUAGCGUAAUUAUAAAUAAGAGCUUGGCAAUAUUGGCGAAAUUGCCAUUCUUAUUAUUUUUAUAUGCUAAUUUUUAUAAUUUUUGCUCAAAGCUUAAAGUAUACUGUAAUUUUAUAUAUAUAUAAAUAUUAAAUGUAACUUAGAAAACACGAUAAUUUCAAUUCUAAAACUGUGCAUAAUUAAUAUAAACUUAAAAGAAUAGAGCUAUCUAUGUAAAUUGAGGAGAUUCUAAAAGAAGCAAAUAAAGUACCGAUGAAUGCGUAAAACUAUUCAUAUUUGGUCAAAAGCCAAGCAUUACCGUGUACGCGAUAAGUUUCAAAGUACAGUGGCAACAAGGAUAUUGGUAUCUUCGAAAAUAAACAAAAAAGAAUAAAAUUAUUUAUAUAUCCACAUAUAUAAAUGCAUAUGUAAAGAUGCUAGUAAGUCCGUUAAACUGAACAAAAGUGUAUUCAAAAUUCGUUCAUGCCACAACUUUCGCACAAAAUACCAACUGCAGCUUGAUAUUGGGAUUGUAUAUAAUGCUUUUUUUAAUUUAUACAAAAGCCUUUUUCGUUGUCACUAAAAUAAAUACACUUUUUCAAUGGUGUUAUUAUUAAGAUACCGUCUGGUAUAUUUGAAAACAGGCUCCUUAACCAUGAUUCAAAUAUAUAAGCUUGUGCCGAUAGCCCAUCAAAAUGUAAAUUCAUUAGAAUACACAUUAAAAAGUUUUUUGGCUUAUUUUAUAUUUUCAAAAGAAAAAGCAGUCUCUCACGUCACACAACUUAUAUAAUUGAGUCAUGUGCUAAAAAAUAUGUUUAAAAAAUACUUUUAAUAGCGCUUUUGCCAUGAAAAAAUUCAAAAUAGCUUUUGAGGCACUUUUUUAUAUCAAAGUAAUUAUUUGUAUAUGUAAAAUCGAAUUAUUUCUUCGAAAACAAAAACACAGUUUUUAAGCUCGAAUUUUCUGCAAAAUAAUCAGCUUACGGUCCGGCCAAAACCGACUUUCAAGCUUACACAAAUUUACAACAAGCUGAAAGUUAGUGAAUAUGCUAAACACAUGAUUCAAAAUAUCAUACUAAAAUCUCAAUACUCAUCGUUUCAAUAUGUGGAAAAAACUAUUCGAGGUUGGAGGUUAAAAAACCUGCUUUUUACCGAUUUCCAACGAAACGGUGAGUUGAGUCAAAAAAUUACCUUAGACGAAAAUUAUACAUCAUAAAAUUAUCUAUGAAAAAUGUAAAAAAAACGCGCUAAGAGAUAGUGUACUCAUAUGUGACUUAAAAAUGUGUGCAUAUAACGAUCAUUAUAUCUCAGAAACGCUAGGCCUUAGGAAAAGAGUAUUCACACAUAUUUUAUAGAUAAUUUUAUGAUCUACAAUUUUUGUGACCUUUCACCUCCAGUAUAUUUUUUCCACAUAUCGGAAAGAUGAGGAAUUUUAGUAUGUUAUUUGUAAUCAUGUUUUUUUUUUUACAUUUUUACUAACUUUCCGCUCGUUGUAAAUGAAUAUAACUUUACUCAUAUUCUCUGUUUAAUUUUGCCGGACUAUUAUAUCUAAAAAAAACAUUAAUAACUUGAUUGUUAAUUGGAAUCAGUUUAUUUAUUUGAUCUGGCCACUUUGGGAGAAAAUUUUACAAAAUCAUAUUUUUUAUCUAUCAAUAUGGAAUUUAUGAAAAGGAAUUUGAAAAAAUAUUUUGGCUGUUUACGCAUUCCAAAUUACGCUGUAAACCAAUAAAAAAACAACUGUGUAGUUAUGAACUAUUCGUUUUUGAAAUAUUCUGUUCAAUAGUUUUGUGAAAUGCCGCUGAGGGAAUCUCCUUUAUACUAUAUAAAAAUGUAUAUCAUUCUGCUUACCUAGACUGUUUAUCUUAGAAACGAUUACGGUAUGCGCUUAACGGAUUGUGCAACUAGGGCAUUCGUUAAAUUUGACCAACCAAUAGUCGGAAUUGCUUUAUGUGCGUUUAGAACUUCUUAAAAAUCAUAAGGCCUUUCAAAGGUAGAUACUACCAGCAGAAAUUUGGAAGCAGCUCUCAGAAAAUAAAUUAAAUAAUAAUUAUUAUAAAUUUUAGUUACUAUAGCAAAAACUGAAUAAUUACAUGUAAUCAACCACACAAUGGCUAACACACUUCAUUAUUUGUUAAAUAUAUUAUUGAAAUCAAACAUUCGAAUGAUAUAUACAAAUUAUAUAGAUUUAGCAAAAUUGCAGUUAUAUUUGUUGUCAACUUGUGUGGCAUGCGAAAGUUCUAAGCGCAACUAUUGUUUUGUAUGUAUUUUGUUUUGUUGCAGUUGGAGUCACUCAGUAUACAAAACAGUAAAAUGCAGUAAAGCAGUAAAAAUAUUUGGUAUUUGUCACACUUUUUAUUACAGUAAAAUAUUAAUAUAAAGUUUAGAAUUUAUUUAAUUAUUAAAACUUUUUGAACUGAAAAUUUUUAAACAAAAGAAAUAAAAAUACUUAAGGAGACUUUGAAACCACUGCUGUUAUAAUUUUUUUUUAUUAAACACAUAUUUUUAAUUUCCACAAAGAAAAAAUAAAUUUUUUUUAUUAAAUUUUAAUUUAUUAUCAUUCGCGAAAACUCAGAACUAGUGUUAAAAUUAAAAGCGAUAAGUAAUUAUUUAUAUAUAAACGCAGUGCAUCACGUAAAAAGUCGUGCGAUAGCUUGUUCCAUUUUUCUCCAAGAAAAAUUGCUAUUACAAGCUUGAGUUUUUGUAAUCUGUAAAAU